GUUUAUAUAUAUAGAAAAAGAAUAAAGUAAAUAAAAAUAGAUAAACGUAUGUAAUAGCUAUAUAUAUAUAUAUAUACAGAGAGAGAGAGAGAGAGGCACCAGUUACAUAAAAUUGUUGUUGUGAACCAAGUUUAUUCCAUUUGGUGAUUCUACUUAGAUCCCUUUAUUCUCGUAUUUUCAUUCGGAUCUGUCUAUGCUGAGACAAAACCAAACCUUUCUCCCCCGUUUUAAUCUUCCCCCUUGUCUGGUCCCCAGCCCAUUUCUAAAGCUAACUCCAAUCCCAUUUGAAUCAUAUCAAGAAUUAUUUGUUAAUCAAAGAUGCUGAUCAACAGCCAUAAUCACACUGAUUUUUCCCACAAAAUGCAGAGAUGUCAGGAUUAUAUCCACGCCUUAGAGGAAGAACGUCGCAAGAUUCAAGUUUUCCAACGUGAACUCCCUCUUUGUCUGGAGCUUGUUACACAAGCAAUUGAGGCAUGCAAGCAGCAGUUAUCAGGGACAUCAAGCGAGUACAAUUUACAUGGGCAAUCCGAAUGUUCUGAGCAGACAUCCAGCGACGUGCCAGUUUUCGAGGAGUUUAUUCCUAUUAAGAGGGCUUCUUCUCAGUCCGAUGGUGAAGAACAGGAGUCGUCCAAGAAGCCAAAGAAUGACAGUGAUGUUAGUAAUAAAGAUGGGAAGAAUUGUUAUGACAAGAAUUCCCAGAAAUCAGACUGGCUUAGAUCUGUGCAGCUAUGGAAUCAGACCUCAGAUCCACCCCCCAAAGAGCAUUCACCGAGAAAAGUGGCUGUCAUGGAGGUGAAGAGAAAUGGUAGUGGUGGCGCAUUUCAUCCAUUUAAGAAGGAGAAAAGUGUUGCUACAACUGCUCCCUCACAAGGGCCAGCAGUGAAUAAGUCAGUCCCACCGGCGUCCACCAGUUCAGCGGAUACUGGCGGCAACAGUGGCGGUGGAAACAAGAAGGAAGAGAAAGAAGGGCAGUCUCAAAGAAAGGCCAGGCGGUGUUGGUCACCGGAGUUACAUAGAAGAUUCUUGCAAGCCCUUCAACAACUUGGCGGUUCACAUGUUGCUACACCAAAACAGAUUAGGGAGUUGAUGAAGGUUGAUGGGCUCACAAAUGAUGAAGUUAAAAGUCAUUUACAGAAAUACCGUCUGCACACGAGAAGACCGAGUCCUUCCGUUCCAAACACCACCGCCACCACACAACCACCGCAAUUUGUGGUGGUGGGAGGAAUAUGGGUGCCACCGGAGUAUGCUUCAAUGGCAACAACCGCCACGUCCGGGGAGGCAUGCGCAUCCGGUGUUGCCACCUCUAACGUGGGAAUCUACGCCCCGGUUGCCUCUCUGCCACCACCCUUCCGAGAAUCAUCAGCCUCCCCUAAACAAAGACUAAAUAGUAAGCCAAUGCACUCCGAUGAUAGAGGCAGCCAUAGUGAAUGCCGCGGCCAAUCACAUUCCCCCGCCACCUCCUCCUCCACUCACACCACCACGGCCUCGCCGGCUUGCUGAUUCGUUUUACUCUGUCAAAAAAAUUGUAGAAAAACUUACGGCAACGACUCUGAUCUUUCAGUAAAAAUUAUCGAGGAAAUAGAGUCGAAUUUUGUGUCGUUUUCGAUCAUCUUAAUUUGUGUUAUAAUACAUGUUAAUUUGUAUUUUCUUGUAUGUUAGAGGCAUGCAUACUUGAUAGUGACAGUGAGAUUGAUUAAUCUUUGAUGGAGUUUGAUUCCCAGUGUACUGGACAUCAUAUCGAUCAGAAUAAGUGAUUAUUAAUUUUACAA